CGUGUUGUACGUGGUCUUUCAUUAGCUCAUGACAGCAACAACUGAGUUGAUGAAACAAAUACAGAAUUAUUUUCCUGCUGUGCUGGGCUAAGUCUAUAUGUGCGUGUAUGAGACAGCAAAACUAUCAGCAGUUGAUCUAUAGGGGGUUGAACUCUCACCUGUGUGCGGCAGUCAGACUGACCUGGACAACUCCUAAGAUGGCAAGACCUAGCUCAAAUCUAGCAGAGUUUCGGAAGGUGUUUGCUAAAGCGAAGCACAUUGCUAUCAUUACGGGUGCUGGAGUGAGUGCAGAGAGUGGUGUACCAACCUUUAGAGGACAGGGAGGCUACUGGAGGAAAUGGCAGGCACAGGAUCUGGCCACCCCUGAAGCUUUCUCUCGAGAUCCCUCUUUAGUGUGGGAGUUCUACCAUUACAGACGGGAGGUAAUGCUUAGUAAGAUGCCCAAUCCUGCACACCUGGCUAUAGCAGAGUGUGAGUCUCGUCUUAGCCAGCAGGGGCGCUCUGUUGUAAUCAUCACUCAGAAUAUUGAUGAGCUGCAUCACCGUGCUGGUUCCAAACACAUCUAUGAGAUCCACGGAAGUCUAUUUAAAACUCGUUGCAUGAGCUGUGGAGAAGUCAAGGCCAACCACAAGAGCCCAAUCUGUCCUGCUCUGGAGGGAAAAGGAGAGCCUGAUCCCACAGCCAAGGACGCCAGAAUACCAGUAGAGCUACUGCCUAGGUGUGAGAGGAAAAGAUGUAAUGGCUUGCUGAGGCCUCAUGUGGUAUGGUUUGGAGAGCAUCUGGAUUCAGAUAUUCUCACCAGUGUGGAGCAGGAGCUGGAAAAGUGUGAUCUCUGCUUAGUAGUGGGCACCUCCUCCAUAGUUUACCCAGCGGCCAUGUUCGCUCCUCAGGUGGCAGCUGGAGGAGUGCCUGUAGCUGAAUUUAACAUGGAGAGCACACCUGCAACUAAUCGGUUUCAGUAUCAUUUUGAGGGUCCUUGUGGCACCACACUGCCUCCUGCUCUGGAGCGCCAUGAGAGCGAAGUCAAUUAAAGAGAAAGAAGAGCACAGGGCAUAUAGCACUUUAACUGAGAGAGCAUAAACAGACUUCGGGAUUGGUUCAAACCUUAUAUAAUUUGUGUAUUGAAUUUUAAAUUAAAUUAAAUUUAAAAUAGUCUUAUUGAGUGGUUGGUUGGCAUAUGUUGCAAGAAUUUGUGUUUUUGUCAAACUCAAGACAUGUAUGUGUGUGUGGGCAGGUUUAAGUUGUUUACAAGGACUUUUUAGGAUACAAACUGGUAAUUACAAGGGUAUUAUGCUAUAAAUGUGGUUUAUAAAGACAUUUCUAGUGUCCCAAUAAUUCAAAUAACUUAAACAUUCUAAAUUAUGUUUUAUUGAAAAUGUAAAAAUGCAGAAAGUUUUUUGAGAGGACAGUAUAAAAAUCAUUAUGUCUGUGGAAAGUCCUCAUAAGGAUAGCUGCACCAACGUGUGUGAGUGUGUGUGAAUGUGUCUUGAGUGCAUGCACCCUGUGGCACUGGGUCACCUUGAUUCGGUCUAGUCCAAUGCCAGGUUUUACGGUCCAUCUGAAAAUCUCUCUCUCUCUCUCUCUCGCUCUGUCAUGACUUGUAUGAACAAAUAGCAGUUACCUGUACUCUAUAAGCUUUGUUGUCCUCCUCACCUGUGCAGUCACACACACAUUCAACCUUGCAUGAUAACACAGGAUUGUGGAAUAAUGCCAUGCGAAUAGCUUGAUUUAUUUAAUUUACAUGGUAAGUGCACUUUACAAUAAGGUUGUAUGCAUAAACAUUGUUAAUGCAGUAGUCAACAUGAACUAACUGUCUGGGUUCAAUACAGAUUUGUACUUUUAUAUUCCUUUGAUCUUAGUUAAUGGUAAUUUCCACAUAUAUUAAUACUAUUUAUAACAUUAAAGGUGCAAUAUGUAAUAUAUUUACUGUACUAGAUCAUAAAAUGUUCAUAAUAUGCUAUCAGAGAUUUAGGAAACAUGUUUGUUGAAAUACUGGCUUCUCCGAAAACAAUGCUACAGCCAGUAUAGUAUAUACUUUGAAAUGUCCAUUCUGGGCCAGAAUUUUUGUUUAUGUCCAUUCUGGGCCAGAAUUUUUGUUUAUGUUUUCCCAUUUCCCAUUAGUAAUUGGACACCCUGUGUCACCCAGAUUUGAAACAAGUUUGUGUGCGCGCUGCAGCCAUGGAAGCCAGCAAUAUAUCUAGCUAACAGUGACAAGAGUUAUGAAAAUCCAUAUGAGCUGUUUUAUAAUUUAUACCAACUUAUACAUUAGCUGAUCAACUUGAAGUGUAAGGCUUGUCACUUGCCAUUGUCAGUUUACUCGUUCCUGUUGCGUGUCCUCAACCUGGCAACCUGCGUGAGUUUCAAGUCUGGAAGAAGGGGGCGGGGGAGACAACUCUCCAAUAUUUUGAAUUUGGACUGCAGUACCCAUUUUAAACUCUUGAUGUCAAUGUUACACAUUGCUUCUUUAAAAGUUGUAUACAUUAAUGCAUUAUUUAUUCACAUGCACUGACAAUAACGAUAGUAUAUUUAAAAAUGAUCUUAUUUAAAUUGUAUUAUUAACUAAUUAUUGUUGUUUCCAUUAUCUUUAGUUUAUGAUAGCUAACGGAUAGACCAAUGUUCACAUAGAGCCUUAUUUUAAAGCACUACCAUUUACAGGUACAUGAAAUUUUUUUGUGCAGCAGAAUGCGCAUUUGUGUAUAAUAAAUUGAAUGUGUUCACAUGCUGA